AUGGCAUCCGCACGUUCUCUAAUGCGCCUGGGCUCUGGCCGGUCGGUGGCUUCGGCCUCCAGGUUCAUGGCUAGCCGCGCUUUUUCCUCGACUUCUCUCCAGUACGCUGCUAAGGCCUCGACAGCACCGGGCCCGGAGCCGGAGAACAUGCGCCAGGCGCAACGGCCUCCCUCGGGACCCCUCCGUGCUCCCCGUGUCAACCCCACCGACAAGUACCAGGACAAGCAGGACAGUCUGCACACCUAUGGACAGUACAUCAUGUCCUGUCUGCCCAAAUACGUUCAGCAGUUCACCGUCUGGAAGGAUGAGCUUACCGUUUAUACCGCCCCCUUCCUGAAGAACCACACCGCCGCUGAAUUCACCCAAAUUUCCGACAUUACUGGCGUCGACUUCCCCACCCGUGAUCAGCGUUUCGAGGUCGUGUACAACUUGCUCAGCGUCCGUUUCAACUCCCGUAUUCGUGUCAAGACUUACUGUGACGAGGCCACCCCCGUCCCUAGUGUCACCGGUCUGUUUGAGGGUGCCCUGUGGUACGAGCGUGAGGUUUACGACAUGUUUGGUGUCUUCUUUUCAGGUCACCCCGAUCUGCGCCGCAUCAUGACCGAUUACGGUUUUGAUGGUCACCCUCUGCGCAAGGACUUCCCCUUGACCGGUUACACCGAGGUGCGAUAUGAUGAGGAGAAGAAGCGCGUCGUCGUCGAGCCUCUUGAGCUCACCCAGGCCUUCCGUAACUUCGAGAGCGGCUCUACUGCCUGGGAGCCUGUCGGACCCGGCGAGUCACGCACGCCCGACUCCUUCAAGCUUGCCACCCCCAAGCCUGAGGAGAAGGUGGAAGAAAAGAAAUAG